AUGGCGGCUGGACGCUCAUUCAAAUCGCUCGUGGGUCGCCGGCGACGUGCCGAUGAGGAGGGCGAAGAUGAAGAGGGCCCGGUGAUGGUUGAGGAUUCGCAGAGUGAAGGAUCGGUUCUGACCGAUGGGGAUGAUGAGGAGAUGGACGCAAGCAGCCUGGGAGGAGACGCUGCACCGGUGGAAGGGCAAGCGGAGGAUACUGAGGCAGCAGCCAACGGAGCCAAGACUGCAGGCAAGAAGGCACGGAAAGGCAGGAAGAAGAGCGGAAAGAAAGUGGGCAGAGACCAGGCACAGGACGAAUUACCGCAGCCGCAAGCCAACAGCACGUUCAAACCGAUGGCUGAUACCGAGGCGAUGAUGAAUGGGCUCAAGAUCGAAGAGCAGCCCGCGCAAGACAUGGUGGACUUCGAGGACAGCGUUUCAACCGCAGCUCCCCCUGUCUCGCAAGGCACUGUGAUUGUAUCUGGCAACGGCGAGACGCCCAUGGAGAGGCAGCGACGGGAGCACGAAGAGUACAAGAGAAAGCGCGAUGCGGAUCCAGCUUUCAUCCCCAACCGCGGCGGAUUCUUCAUGCACGACACUCGCAGCAACCACGGGCAGGGCGCACCGCCAGUCAGAGGCGUAUGGAACACAAGAGGCCGAGGGCGAGGAGCAAAUGUAGGAGGACCGUUUUCGCCUGCAAAUCAGAUGGCACACACAGAAAGAGCAGCUGAGAAACCAUGGAAACACGAUCUCCACGAUACGAUCAAUGAGGAACCGACCGCGCCGGCCAAACCAGUAGAUACGCCGCAAGAUCACGACGAGUCGAAUCGCCUCUUCCCCAGGAUGCAGGGCAACAAUCAGAACCAGGCAUCUCGAGUACUAUCCUUCUCCAGCACGACGCUGGUAGGCAAAGUUCAGAUCCGUGUCUACCUCCCUGGUAUGAAGGCGCCUAUUACCUUCUCAGAGGUGCCUUGGAAGCAGUAUGCUCGCCUCCCAGACCACAGACCGCCGCUUCGUCGCGAUAAACCAGUGCGGAUCUCACUGCCAGGUCACACUCAGCGCUAUAUCUUCCCUUCGCCCGACCGAUCCUUCAUCUUCAUCCCUAGGCAGAUGAGGCCAAACCAGCAAGGAUUCGGUCGCAAUGCAUAUCAGAGGAGUAUUGGUGGAUAUGGGUAUUCCAGCCGGCGGACGAGCAUGUACGGUGGUAGCAUGUACGCAGCCAGCGUUGCAGCAAGCCGGCGCUCGUCGUUUGCGAGCAAUGCUAGGGACACGGCCUUCUCGCCCGUUGGAUCUUACACAGGCGCCAUGCCGCCGAAUAGACCAGUGGUCAGACUACCGCACGGCUCGCAAUCGCACUUUUCGGCGUCAAGCACUCCGAUGGGGCCCUUGUCCGGACACCAGACCCCUACUGGCAUGCAGGUACAUACCUUCCCCCUUCCGCAACAGCCAACUUUCCAAGGCACUCCGACAACAACCGUACACCAGCCGAGACCGCAAAAGGCAAUUUCUGUUACCGGCAUCGAGUCGCCCGCUGUACUGCAGCAAGCACCCGCGCCUGCAGAGAUGCAGCCGUUCCAGAACCAGUUGCCUGCGCAUAUACAUGAACAGGCGCCCGCAUUCAACCAGGCGCAGCCAGCGCAGGCGUACUUCUCUCCUCGCCAGCAGUAUGCAUACGCUCAGCAGCCGCCGCCGAACGGUACACCCUUGUCGGGUAUUCCUGAGCAAGCCAUUCACGCUCCAUCGUUUCAACCGCCGAUGAUGCAGUACGGCCAAGGAUACUAUCCUCCAUACCCGCAGCAAGGCUACUACUACCCUCCAGGCCCCAACGGAUACCAGCCAAUGCAGAUGUAUGUCCCACCACCACAAGGCUAUAUGAUAUCGCCGCUUGGUGGCCCUAUGCCGCCGCCUUCGUCGGCUCCACAACACCCUCCACCACAACCACAGGAGCCUGAGCAGCAGUCGCAGCAAGGACAACAGGCGCAGCCACAAUCAGGAAUGGUUGCUCACGAAAGCAAUGGCAUGGUAUUUUAUAUGCCUGCCUCGGAAGCCCAGCAGCAAGCUCAGGGUGAAAGCUACCAACCUGCAGAAAGCUUCGUUCCUUCAUAUGCAAUGCCCGGCUUGCCGCCUCCUACGCCUGCUCCGGACGCGAACUACUACUAUCCCUCACAGAUGCCGAUGGGUGGCAUGCCAUACUAUCAAGGCCAGCCGCAAUAG